GCACUGACACACACGUGCAGGGACCUCUUUGCCUCUUUGGACCCUUUUUUUUUCGCCCGACGUUGCCCUCCGGUGAAGAUCACGUGUGAACGUUCAAACGUUCCUCACAUCAUCUGCACAUGUGUGAACGGAAGAGGGAACGUGCAUAGCUUGGGAAUGUGACAGACGUGGCCUCAUUUUGGGGAAUUUGUUGUUUUUUUUUGGUUGUUUUCUGUUCAAUGUCACACACGGGCCAGACAAGAUAACGGGUGAGAUAGAGAGAGCGAGGGAAAGCGCUUGGACUGUGACUCUUCCUCCCGCCCUCUUUGCUUCCUCUCCUCCUGUGGGACCCGAGGCCAGUCGGUAUAAAGGAGAGCCCGGCCUCCCCCCUCCGCCGGUGUCACAGCUCAGCCUCCCUCUCAAAGGAACUUUCCACCAACCCGGAGCCUCGCAGGAGCGUUCCACCCGACUCGACAGCGUACACCGCGGCCCGUGCAGAGCCGUGAGAGGAUGCAGGGGAAAGGCUUCUUCGUCCCCAGCGGGACGGCCGCAGUGCUGUGCGUCGUGCUGCUGCUGAUGGCUCAGCAGGCCCUUGCAGGUGCGUUGGCGCCUCGGCCCCGGCCCGGCGUGGCCCCGGGGGCGGAAUGGAACGUGCCCGUGCCGAGGAGGGUGGCCCGGAUGACCCCGCUGUGGAGGAUCAUGAACAGCAAGCCGCUGGGAGCUUACUGCCAGAACAACUACGAGUGCUCCACGGGCCUCUGCAGGGCGGGACACUGCUCCACCAUCCAGCGCUCCAUCACCGGGCCGGUCAACUACUGACGUAGCGCCGUGUUUACAAGAGCGCCGCCAUCCUCACGACAAGGUUCUCAGACGAGGGAUUUCCUACUCGCUUUUUAAAAAUAUUUAUAUGUGCCAACACGUUGCUGAUAUAUCACUUUAUAUGACUUUAAGCUGCAGGUAGUUACAGUCUACGAAGACUUGUUUGGACCAAAUAUCCCCUGAACUCAAAGCUCAGACUUUUAAAUGAAAUAAGUACUGUUUUUUUUUUUUUACAUCAGAGGCUUUUCCCUCUCGGUUCCGUCCACAGAUGAUUACAAUGUCUGCUGUUUCAAGGGAUCGAUAACAAGGUUUCAUAUCUGACUUUGAUGUCACGACGCCUUAGAACCCAUGUGUCACAGAUUAGGAUGGACGUCAAGGGGAAGACUUUUUCUGCCUUGAAGUCCCGGUUGGAUCACGUGUGUGCGAUAAAUUAAACUCCCACUGUGUGGAAUCCCUCAGCAGUGAUAAGACCCUUUCUCCUGUCUUUUUAUUUUAUUAAUUCAAGCAUUCCUUACAAACUGUAUGUUCAACCCUCUCAAAGUUAUUCUUGGUAACAUUAUUUAGAAUACAUGUUAUGAAUAUGAGCUGAUUUGGUAUAAUGUGGUGAUUCUCAUAUUUUAUUUAUUCUAUCCUUUAAAAAUGUACCCAUUUACAUCACUUCAUGUAGCGUUGUUAAAAAUCUUAUUUUGUUUGUGACAUUUCCGUGGUUUGUUUUAGAAUAAUCAAUCACCUCUUAAAUAUCUACUCGCUCGGUCAACGUUAAAUCAGUGAGCAACAACCAGUUUAACGGAUAUCUGCACAGCUUUGUUUGAAGGAAAAGAAUUAGGACGUCCAUCUCCUGAAAUCGAUAAGCCACCGCGGAUCUUCGCCUGCACAGCUUACUUCACGCGCGGCGCAAAUGGUCGCUGAGAAAUGUUGAGAAAUGUUUGAGCAGGAUUGCACUUUUGAAACCCAAAUUAUCUUUGUACUGUGUGCUGCCAACUGUAUGUACUGUAUUCCCUAUGUGUGCAGGGCUGGAGGAAAAGUGGAAUAAAAGCACGGGAGAAAAAUGUGAA